CGUCGUCGUUGACACCGUCGAACUUUCAAACAGAACAAACACAUAAUUUCCUCGUCUAUUCAUCGAAUUCAAUUUCAAUUUUUUCAUCAGUAAAUCAAAAAACAAUGCUAGAAAAGAUCGGAUUACCAGUAAAACCAUCCCUGAGAGGAAACAAUUGGGUGGUUGACGCCUCACAUUGCCAAGGCUGUUCCUCCCAAUUCACCUUCAUCAAUCGCAAGCACCAUUGUAGACGAUGCGGAGGAAUAUUCUGCAGCAGCUGUACACAGCAGAGAAUGGUGUUACGUGGACAAGGUGAUUCACCGGUGAGGAUUUGUGAUCCUUGUAAACAGUUAGAAGAAGCCGCUCGGUUCGAGUUGCGGUACGGAGGGAAAAAUAGAGCUGGAAGAGGUAGUUCGAGAUUGAUAUCGAAGAAUGAGAACGAGGUUUUGAAUCAGUUAUUAGGUAAUGGUGUGAAUGUGAGUUCUAGUGCUCGUAGGGCGACCGAUGGUAGUAGUGGUUCGAGCUCUGCUGCUCUUGAAGGAGAUGACGGAAUUGAUGAGAGUGAAUUGGGAUCAUCGAUUAGUCCUGAGGAAUUACGGCAGCAGGCUUUAGAUGAGAAGAAGAGAUAUAAGGUUUUGAAAGGAGAGGGGAAGUCGAAUGAAGCAUUGCAAGCGUUUAAGAGAGGGAAAGAGCUUGAGAGGCAAGCUGAUGCUUUGGAGAUUUCUAUAAGGAAAAACCGCAGAAAGGUUUUGUCGGCUGAAACUCAGAAUAGUAAAGAUGGUUUAAACGAAUCUGGCAGGAAAAGUAAAGGUGUUUCUCAAGUAAGUAAAGAAAAGGAUGAUCUUACUGAUGAACUUAGAGAAUUGGGUUGGACGGAUAUGGAUCAUCACGACGAAGAUAAACCACCAGCGAAAAUGAGUUUGGAGGGUGAAUUGUUUUCUCUUAUCAAAGACACCUCCUCGGGAGGUAAUAAGGAUGUGGCAGGAAGUGGCAUUGACAAGACCGAGGUUCUUGCACUUAAAAGGAAGGCUCUUGCAUUAAAGCGUGAGGGAAAGCUUGCAGAAGCCAAGGAGGAAUUGAAGAAAGCUAAAGUCUUAGAAAAGCAGCUUGAAGAAGAGGAACUUUUGGGCGGAGCUGAAGAUUCUGAUGACGAAAUUUCUUCACUAAUCAAUAGUAUGCAGGACAAUAAACAAGAUGAGUAUGAUCAGGAACAUGGUUUUGACUUUGAUUACCCCAUGAGGACGACUGAUGAUUUUGGUGAGAACUUGGAAGUAACAGAUGAGGAUUUGAUGGACCCUGAAAUGGCAUCUACAUUAAAAUCUUUAGGUUGGACUGAUGAUUAUGACAAUCAGCAAGUCAAUGAGACCCAAUCUGUCGCCAUUGAUAGGAAUACCCUACAAAGUGAAAUUCUUUCAUUAAAAAGAGAGGCAGUUAACCAAAAACGAGCAGGUAAUGUUGCAGAGGCAAUGGCAAAGCUAAAGAAGGCCAAGUUGCUUGAAAAGGACCUGGAAAUUUUGGAGUGUCAAGAUAACAAGUUAACCACCCAAAAUACUCCAAUUAUUCAGAAAGGUCCGAUUUCUCAAAGUUUUUCUGAAAAUGAAGAUGUUGGAUUGAAACUAGCACCAAAGAGUCGAUUAAUGAUUCAGAAGGAGCUUCUGGCUUUGAAAAAGAAGGCUCUCACUUUGAGAAGAGAAGGAAGAUUGGAUGAGGCUGAGGAAGAGUUGAAGAAAGGUAAAGUUCUCGAACAGCAGCUUGAAGAGAUGGAUAAUGCUUCAAAGGCUAAGGCUACUGAGGUGACUGUUAGCAGUAAGGAUCCAAGUUUAGUACUUGAAAAUCCCAAUGUGCAUGGAAAUUUGCCAAUUGCUGACGGAGAAGAGGAUGUAACAGAUCAAGAUAUGCAUGAUCCAGCAUACCUUUCUCUUCUAAGGAACUUGGGUUGGAACGAAGAUGAAUCUGUCAGCUCUCAAAUGAAACCAUCCAACGAUAAUGAUGAGCGAGUUACUCAUGCAACAGUUAAUAUCCCUUCAAGGGUAUCAAGACGAAGUAAAACUGAAAUACAGAGAGAACUCUUAUCCCUGAAAAGAAAGGCUCUUGUUCUUAGACGUGAAGGAAAGUCUGAUGAGGCAGAGGAAUUGCUUAGAUCCACAAAAGCAUUGGAAACCGAGAUGGAGGAGUUGGAAGCACCCAAGAAAAGUUUCCACGUCAGCUCCAACAGGUGGAAGGAUGAUAUAGCUAGUGGUCCUCUGGGAAGUGCAGCUGAGGAGGGAGAUGCUGAUGAUGUGACGGAGAAAGAUAUGUCUGACCCUGCGUUGUUCUCAAUGCUAAAGAAUUUGGGAUGGACCGAUGAAGAAUUUGAACCGGGAACUGCACAAGAAAGGGUUCCCAAAUUUGAAUCUCUUAGUUUUGUUCAUUCUACUGAUCCAUCUCCAAUUCCGUCAUCCUCCAGCAUUUCAGCUACUUUACCAAGCGGUAAAGGAGAAGUCCAACAUGCAACAGGGUCUCUCGAAAAUUUCGGAACGAAAGAAAGCAUUGGUUUCAUUUCUUCUCCUAGUCAGUCCGAAAACAUAAUGGAGUCGCUUACAGGUGAGCGCAGGAAUCAAGUAUUAGCUUCAAAACCAGAAGGUGUACUUAAUUUUGCUUCAGACGUGCAUUCUUUGCCGGAAGCCUAUGGUCAGGUUGAGACCACCUCAAGUUCUGCUGAAAGUCUCGGAAGCACAAAAAAUAAAGUCAUUACAACUGAGAAAUCGCCUACUUAUGAAUCAAAUUCCACUCAGAGAUCGACUUCUCAAAUCAACCAAAAUUCCGUUCGCCAAGAAGUUUUGGCUCGCAAGAGGAAGGCGGUUGCUUUAAAGAGAGAAGGAAAAUUGUCAGAAGCUCGAGAAGAACUUCGGCAGGCUAAGCUGCUGGAGAAGAGUUUGGAGAUAGAAACCACGGAUGGUGAACCUAAUGCAAGCAAUGUGUCAACAGCAUCGGCAUCCAAUGCUUCUUCUGUUCAACAAAAAGAGACCAGCCCAUCAAAUACGGCUACAAAACCGUUGUCCGGGCGUGAUCGUUUUAAGCUACAACAGAAGUCCCUUGGUCACAAACGUCAAGCUAUGAAACUGAGAAGGGAAGGCCGGACAGAAGAAGCAGAAGCCGAGUUUGAAUUAGCGAAGGCUCUUGAAUUACAGUUAGACGAGAUGCCUUCUCAGAAUUCUGCCAAGUCUUCUGCGGGUAUAGCAGAAUCAACGGACGGUGUCAUUGUUGAAGAUCUUCUCGAUCCUCAACUUCUACAUGCCUUGAGAGCUAUCGGUAUUGAAGAUGCUAAUGUUGCGUCGAAAGGACCUGACAGGAUCGAGCCUGUAAAGGUCGAACUUGGGAAAAGAGAAAACAUUGUCCAAGAGAGAAUUCAGUUAGAAGAGCAGAUCAAGGCUGAGAAGGUAAAGGCGGUAAAUUUAAAACGUGCAGGGAAGCAAGCCGAGGCUCUGGAAGCAUUUAGGCGGGCCAAAAUGUUCGAAAAGAAACUAAAUUCUUUGGCUUCAAGUUGAAAAAUAAAGGAUGACAAUGCCGGUAAGGUAAAUGGUUUCUCACUGUUUCUAGCUUUAGGAGCUGUGUUUUCAGGUAAUUGCACUGUAAGAUUUGCCAACGUGGGCCUAGCUUGAAUGGCUAAGGCACCUCUAAGUGCAUCAAGAGGUUGUGGGUUCGAACCACGCCUCGGUAACUAACAACUAACAAAUGAGACUUGAAAGAGUCGAUUCCCACCUUUGAUAAAAAAAUAAAAAAAAAAAAACUGUAAGAUUUAUCUGAUUACAUAUGAAUCUGUAAUAUAGCAAUAGUGUAUAACUGUAUCAGUAUUCAAACUGUAUCAUUAUUUUAAUCAUUCUUUUU